AGCAAUUAUUAUAUCUGUCUUGCAUCACUGCCUGUUAUACCCUAUUAAUUAUCUUCUUGUGUCAAGAAAAAUGCUUCCGCCACUGAUUUACAACCCGGGAGAAGGCACAAAAUUCUUGUUGCUGCUCCUCUGGGCAGUUUGCUCUAUCUGGUCCCCCAAGGCAGUGACCGUUGGUGUCGGACUCACAGUCAUCUUAUUUACGAAACUCGUUUACAUUCACACUUUGAACCCCCCAUAUUCUCAUGAUGGUGUUCUGACUAGAAGUUGGCUGAAUCAACUUUUUGAGAUGAGAAUUUUGGAUGGCAAUACAGUCUUAUCGCGUCCUCCGAGGCUUCUGAACGGCCACCAAAGAUGUACUAAUAAACCUACACAGGAGUUUCGUUCAUAUGAUUCCUAGGUGCAUUCCGCUCUAUUGAUGAAAGUCAGCUUCACUCAUGCGCGAUACAAAGAAGAUCCUAUUGUUCUUACUGCUGCUCCCAUUUCUUAAAGGAGCGUACGCCAGCAUGAAUUUUACCAAUUGCUUCAUCCAGUUCAAAGCGGGCCCCAAUGCAUCUGGAUUGGUGAAUCGCUAUGGCGAAAUUUUAUCGUCAUCAGACAUCAUAAACGCGGUUGGGUUCACAUACCAGACCUGUUCCAAACAUUGCCGCGGAACAGAGAAUCCUACCUGGGCAAACAUAUCGCAACAGUUCGGCACCUGGCUAUUACCCUACCUUGCGCUCAUUUCCCAGCUGCCCUUUGGUGCAAGACAUAGAGUUGACAAUCUCAUGUCUGCCAUCCUCAUAGUCGGUUCGC